CAUGUGCACUCUCCUCACGAAUGAAUGGCUGCCGUCAAUCCGUUCUUAUUGCGCUCAAUUGUUCUUGGUUGAGAGAUUUGUGCUGGUUGUAGUCCGCAUUCGUUUUAAUCACGGUCAUGAUCAUUGUGAUCAUGAUUUGAUCAUUAAUUGCAAAUAUUUUAUUUCGCCUAGAAAUCUUAAAACUGGAUAUUUAAAUGAGUGUGAAGUUUUAUUAACGUGAGAUCUCAAAUUGGCUGAAAAUGUGGCCACUACUAGUUCUCAUCUCUGCUGAUUUCACAACAGUAAUUUUGGAAACCCUUGCAUUUCUUGUAAUUUUUUUCCUGACAUUAUCAGUAUUCAACUAUUUUUCAAGCGAUAUCCAUCUCUCAAUUAGAGGGUUUUCUAACAAACAUAAUUGGACUCAGUCUCAGCUUUCAUCCAAGCCAUGCUAUUGCUCUGUAUGUGAAUCAUUACUAUUAACUGGAAGCGGUGCUGCUUGUGAUUGCUGUGGAGUGCAUGCAGAUCCUGGUUGCAUUCGCAUUGCUGACAAGAAACUCAAAUGUAAGGCAUUAACGUCGAAUGAUAGAUCCCCUAUGAAGCAUCACUGGGUGAAAGGUAAUUUGUCAUAUGAUGCAUUAUGUGCUGGUUGUGAUGAAGAAUGUGAGAGUGAGCCAGGUCACCUCGAUUGGCAGUGUUGUUGGUGUCAACGAGCCAUACAUCCAGCAUGUGAAAAAAAAGUGCCGCUGGAAUGUGACUUUGGGUCGUUUCAGUCAAUGAUAAUUCCUCCAAAUUCUAUUGUGGUUUCUCGGAAAAGGAGUGUUCGAACAAACUUUCUUCUUCGAGCGGUAAACCCUCCUCCCUGGCCAGUAUGGGUGCCUCUCAUAGUGGUAGGAAACAGAAAAUCAGGUAAUAAUGAUGGUGACAUAAUUUUAUCUUAUUUUCGUCGACUGCUAAAUCCUGCCCAAGUAGUUGAUUUAGCUACCCGAAGUCCAGAAGCUGCUUUGGAAUGGUGCACAUUAUUAGGUGAAAGAAAAGCAAAUGUUUUGGUUGCUGGUGGUGAUGGAACUAUUGGCUGGGUUUUAAAUACUAUUGAGAAGUUACAAUUGAAGUGUGACCCACCUGUAGCCAUCAUGCCUCUGGGCACAGGAAAUGAUUUGUCUCGAGUUCUUGGUUGGGGAAAAGAGUUUGCAAAACAUGUGGAUCUUUCAAUUGUUUUGGAACAAAUUCUUAAAUCCUCUGAAAUUCCUCUUGAUCGGUGGUUGGUAGAAGUAUCCCCUACAAGACAUUUGGGAAUAAAACUUUCUUCAAAAAAGAUAUUUAUGUACAACUACUUCAGUAUUGGUGUUGAUGCACAAGUUGCUUUGGACUUCCAUCGCACCCGUGAAUCUCCUUUCUAUUUAUUCAGUAGCAGAAUAUUUAAUAAGAUCUUGUACCUAGGUUAUGGAACUCAGCAAGCUGUUGAAAGAAGUUGUCAAGACUUAGAGAAACGCCUGGAUUUAUUUCUGGAUGGAAAAAAAAUGGAGCUUCCUUCUAUUGAAUCUGUUGUUAUUUUGAACAUUCCUUCAUGGGGUGCUGGAGUUCAUUUGUGGACAAUGGGGGAUGAAGAUAUUCCUGAACAAAGCAUUUCUGAUGGUAAAUUGGAAGUUGUAGCUCUCUUCAGUUCAUUCCACAUAGCACAACUUCAAAUGGGACUGUCCCAGCCUCAUAGAAUUGGCCAAGCAAGCAAUAUUAAGACACCCCCUCCACUCCUCCACUUAGCACCACCAAGCUAA